AUGCAUCCAGCAUCCACUGACGAUGACACUAACCCAUCUAUGAGGAGCUAUGGAGACUAUCUAAAACCAAAUGUAGCAUUGAAAGCUAUGAAUGCAGGGAGGGGUCAGAAUUUGGUGGCAGCAACAAGAAUGGGAAACUUUGGCAGAUUGGGAGAUGAUUUUGCAUUUAUGAUGGGUCGUGAAGAUUAUCAAGGAAAUGGUACUGGUUUUGUAGGAUUAGGAGGUCAUGAAUUUAAUGGGAUGCCUACUUAUGAACAGAAGUAUCUACCAUCCAUCAUUAUGACCAACAAGCAGCAAAGGUACCGCUACAGUCAUCCAGCCACAGAGAUCUCAAACGGCAUCUGUUUCAAGGACUUAACAGAAAAUGAGAAAGUUCAUGGGAUCUCAAUCAGAACAAAAUGA